AUGACUGAGAAUGCUACGUUCGGAGGAUCAUGCGAGACUCCUUGCUUUGCCUUGCUAGAUGGAAGAGUCACAGAUCCCGAAACCGAAGAGAGUUCCUCCUUCAAGAUUCCUUUGACCAAAUUACCGGCCGUAUUGGGACGAAGCCACGAAACUGAAAAUCCUAAUUUCUUUGGAUUGGGAAGGCGGAAAGCCUUGAGCCGUAAGCAAUGCGUGAUAUACUAUCAAAAUGCCAAAGGGGGGUGUGUUGAAUGGGACGACCUCGACCUGAAAUACAAGGAAACUGGUAGUUGGGAUUACAAAAAGACCACCCUCAAGACUCCCAUUGACAAGCUACCAGCAGAAGGUUUUUUCGUCAUUGAAUGCUUGGGUAGAAAUAGCAUCACGGUCAACAAACAAAAAGUGGAACAGGGCGAAUCGAUAGUCUUGGAGUCUGGUGCACCGAUUAGAAUAUCCCAAUCUCACAGAUUGUACUUUUUUUUACCUACGGAUGCACCACCUCGAAAGCACUUGAUUCAAGAAACACCAAACAGUGCUCCCGCGGCCACAAAAGCAAAACGAAGAGCAUCCCUUGACGCGUCCUCCUCGUCCCCAGCCAAAAAGGUAAAGGGGCUUCAAUCCUACACGGAAUCAUUGGAAACCAUGUCCACACAAGAAUUGUUACGUGUGAUGACAAACGCAAUCACAGCCAAUGUUUGGGACCGCAAGAAUCAAAUGGUUGGAACCGUAUUAGUCCUCCGCGCCGUCAAGGACGCUGCCAAGGCUCAUCAAAUCAUGGAACUGGCCAAGGACAAUGGGGUCGCCCGCUCUCGUGUCAUUGAUUGGAUUGAAAAGUCUGCCAAGUAUAAAGAGUUUGUCCAACAGCUCAACUCCAAAAUUGAACCACGCUCCUAUCAGGCAGCCAUGACCAAAGCCUUGCUCAAGGCUGGAUAUACACGAAAUGGAACCGCGGGACGAUAUGUCAAGUGGCAUUUGCCACCUAUCGAAGACGAUGACGAUAAUGACGAUGAUGACGACAAUGAUGAAGGUGACGAUGAUGACGACAAUGAUGAAGGUGACCCAGUCGAACAAGAGUCUGAGGAAAAUGAAGAGGAGGAAAAUGACGAGGAAGAAAAUGCUAGUGACGAGAAUGAUGAUGCAGAAGAUCAAGAAGACAAUGAAAUGGAUGAUGACGAUGCAGACGAACAAGAAGACAAUGAUGUAGAAAUGGAAGGGACUGAGAACAAUGAAGCCAACGAAGAUGAAGAGGAUGAGGAAGAAGAAGAGGAGGAUGAAGAGGACGACGAUGGGGAGGGAGAAGACGCAGAGCUUGACGAAGAGCCCACAGAACACGCAGACGAAGAUGAAUUACAGGAAGAAGGUAGCGAAACCAAUCACGACGACGUUGAAGACGAAGACGAAAGUGUCAAAAACGAAGCAGGAGAAGGAGCUGCAGAAAAUGAAGAAGCCAGCACGGAAGAUAAUAUUGAUGGAGAUGAAAAAAGUGAACCGGAGCAGAAGGUGGCAAAGAAAUAA